AGCUCGUUCUGACAACUCUCAGGGAUCCAUUCCCACCUUUUGCCUUUUCUCUCUGAGUCACCAGACCAUGCAAGUAUCCAGAGUCUUUAGCUCUGCCUGUCCCAAGCAAUUGGUGCACAGCCGUACACCGGAGCAGUUCCUAUGGCAACCACAAACCGGAAGUGUGUCUCAGCGCCGGAAGCGGAAGUCCCGUUCGAAACGCCGAGCCGGAACGGCGAGUUGGUGGCCCCAGUCUAGUUUGAGCGCACGUGGGAAGGCGGCGUGCGAGUUGGGGUCGAAGGCAAGAGCCUGGGUGAGAGCUGGUCUGUGCCAGCUGCCCGGGCCUCGGGCUGACCCGCCCCUUCGGGUAGGCGUGGGGCUGGCGGGCUUCGAGAUGGACACUCCCCUCUCAGGCUCGGACUCGGAUUCUGAUGAUUCUCUAGUCACGGACAGAGAGUUGCAGGAUGCAUUUUCCUGCGGACUCCUGAAGCCAGGCCUCAAUGUCGUGCUCGAGGGGCCGAAGAAGGCCGUGAACAAUGUGAAUGGCCUGAAGCAGUGUUUCGUCGAAUUCAAGCGGAGUCUAGAAUGGGUUGAAAGGCUCGAUGUGACCCUGGGUCCUGUGCCGGUUGUCAGUGGACCUGAGCCAACACCUCAGAACAAGGACCCGAAAGCUGUUAAUCCAGAAGACGACUUCCAGCGGGAAAUGAGUUUCUACGGCCAGGCUCAGGCAGCAGUGCUUGCAGUAUUACCACGCCUCCACCAGCUCAAAGUCCCUACCAAGCGGCCCACUGAUUAUUUUGCGGAAAUGGCCAAGUCUGAUCAGCAGAUGCAAAAGAUUCGACAGAAGCUACAGACUAAACAAGCUGCCAUGGAGAAGUCUGAAAAGGCUAAGCAACUGCGAGCACUUAGGAAAUAUGGAAAGAAGGUGCAAACAGAGGUUCUUCAGAAGAGGCGGCAGGAGAAAUCACAUAUGAUGACUGCCAUUAAGAAAUAUCAAAAAGGCUUCUCUGAUAAAUUGGAUUUCCUUGAGGGAGAUCAGAAACCUGUUGCCUGGGGCACAAAGGCAGGAACUAAAGGCCAGCAGAUGAAGAAAGGGCCCAGUGCCAAAAGACGAUAUAAAAACCAGAAGUUUGGCUUUGGGGGGAAGAAGAAAGGCUCCAAGUGGAACACUCGUGAGAGCCAUGAUGAUGUAUCCAGCUUCCGGGCCAAGACAGCACAUGGGAAAGGCCUCAAGAGGCCUGGAAAGAAAGGAUCAAAUAAGAGACCUGGAAAACGAACAAGAGAGAAGAUGAAGAACAGAACCCGUUAAAACAACAUCUUUUUUAAUGAAGAACAGGGAAAAAAGGAUGAAGACAUGGAAUUUCACAAUACAAUUGGACCUUAUCUCUUACUAUUUUUCUUUUUUUUAAUUGGAAAAAAUUAUUUUAAUAAAUUAAAAAAAUUAUUAACGAAA